CUUUGGUCACUUUUUAUCUUUAUCAGUACUCCCUCCACUUACAAAUACUUAGCACUUAACCUCCUCAAUAACACGUCUUCUUUCAGUCCAUUUUAUGUCUUUUAUUGUUUCUUCCUGUCAAAGUUCAGAUCCAGAUCCAUGGCAUCUACUUCUGCUUCUAGUUGUAAUACUGGAUGUCAACAAGAGAAUGAGGAUACAAAUGCAUCAGAAGGAAUUGUUCCAUCUCCAUCUACUUCUGCUACAGCCUCAAUGGGAUCCCUGUUUUCAUCCUGUUUUAGCUGGUUUUCUUUCUUAGUUUCUCUCUGUUCAACUAAAUCCCAUUCUGUGCCAUUAACAUCUGCCUCUAGUAUUCGGGUUAGAGAUGAUUGUGAGAGCAUCUCACCAUCUCAAUCCGCCACACAUGCUUUUGAACAAGUUACACCAUCUCCUUCUACUUCUGGUAGAUCCACAAUGCCGGAGAGAAAACUGCCCUAUGAUAUAUUUAUUAAUCAUCGUGGCCCUGAUGCAAAAAAGACACUCGCCACCGAUCUCUACAAUACCCUCAAUGGCAUGAGAUUGAGGGUUUUUCUUGAUUCCCAAGAGCUUGAAUUGGGGGAUUUCUUGCCUACAGAGAUUGAAGAAGUAAUGCGCAUGGCUUCACUUCAUAUAGCUAUACUUUCUCCGAGGUAUCCACAAUCCCCAUGGUGUUUCGCAGAGCUUUCAUUUAUGCUUAAAACAUGCACUCCAAUUGUUCCUAUUUUCUAUCAUGUUCAACCUGAUGACGUCCGAUAUGCAAAAGGAGUAUAUGGUCAUGCAUUUUUAGAACACGAAAAGAAGGGUAGGUAUGCCUCAGAAAAGCUUCAGGAGUGGAAGAACGCGCUCAACAAUGUUUCAUAUAAUGUUGGUAGCAUCAUUCAUAAUGAAGUUGACGGGGAGAGCCUGCCCAAGAGUAUAGUUAAUCGUGUUUUGAAAAUAAUAAAAAAUGUGCCAUUUGUGGUUUCCAAACAUCCGAUUGGUCUAGAUGAAGCUGUCAUGGAUUUUGAGAGGACUAUGCUUCAUUCUGCAGAAAGUUCUCACACUGUGCAAAUUGUUGGAAUUUGGGGCAUGGGAGGUUCUGGCAAAACCACUCUUGCCAAACAAUUAUAUAACAAUAAAUACACAACUAUGAAAAAGUCGAGUUUUCUUUUUGAUGUUAGAGAUGCUGCUUCAAAAAGUUUAUUGCACAAUAAACAGAGAAAGCUUAUAGAGGACCUUGGUCUCUCAGGAAUAUCAGUUGACAAUAUAGAAGAAGGGAAGGGAAUUCUUGCCAAUCUUUUGAGAUCUGUUCAAGUGUUGAUCAUUCUAGAUGAUGUGGAUAAUGAAGAUCAAUUAGAUGCUCUAGUGCCUAAUAAGGGCAGUCUUGGAUGGGGUAGUUUGAUCAUAGUUACUACAAAAGAACUUGAAGUCCUUCAACAUUGGGGCAUCUCAUCUAUUUACAAAAUGAAAUUAUUAGAUCCACAUCAUGCUAAACAACUAUUUUGUUGGCAUGCUUUCCUGAAGCCUACUCCACUCCAAAAUUUUGAAGAUUUGGUUGAAAGUUUUCUAAAUUUUUGCAAUGGAUUACCAUUGUCUUUAAAGAUUCUUGGAGCACAAUUAUAUGGUAAAUCCAACAAAGAUUAUUGGAAGACUCAAUUGCAUAAGAUCUCUAGAAUAUUGCCCAAAGAUAUCAAAGGUACGCUAAAAAUAAGUUAUGACGCUCUAGAUGAUGAAGAGAAGCAGAUAUUCUUAGAUACUGCGUGUUUUUUUAUUGGAGAGAAGAAAAAUUUAGCCAUUGCUGUUUGGGAUGGAUCAGGGUGGAGUGGUUUGCACAGUUGUGAAAGACUUUUCAAUAAAUGUUUCAUUGAACUUGAUGAAGGUGACUGCAUUCUUGAGGGAUCUAGGAAGAGAAAUUGCAAAUCAUCAGUCAACUUACCGUCUCUGGUCCAUUCAACAGAUUAUUAAUCUUGAUAAUGAAAUACAGAGAAUUGGCUUUCGAGGAAUAAUGGCCACAACUGUAUGUAUAAGCGAGGUUGAGGAGAUCUCUCUAUGUUGCCAGGGCAAGGAGAUCUUAGAGGUUGAGGAAUUUUCUCUAUGUUCCCAGGG